AUGAGGAGCACUUUACCGUUUAGUGGCGUUUCUGACAGCUCAUCCUCGAGUAGCUCUGAGGGUUCAGUAGAUCCAGACCUCGGUGAUGAUGUGUUCGACAAUGAAGAGGGACCUUGGAGGUUUUCGCCGAUUCGUGAGCCCGGUACGAUGCAGGAGAUAGGUGAUCCAGACGAAGAUCCUACGAGCCCGUCGGAGUGGGAGGAGGAGCCGGAGGAAGUUCCCUUACCGGCAUCAAACGAGGAUUCUACGAGCCCGUCGGAGUGGGAGGAGGAGCAGGAGGAAGUUCCCUUACUGACAUCAGACGAAGAUCCUACGAGUCCGUCGGAGUGGGAAGAGGAGCUAGAGGAGGUUCCCAUUGAUGAUUCAGAGGAGGACCAUGGCUGCGCGUCUGACUCGGAGCAUGAGUCAGACCCGGAGGAGGCUUCCGACUAG